CAAUUGCAGACCAGCACCGACAUCCGCAAAAUCGAACACAGCCAUUCAUGGCUGAGAACAGCAAUCUCGUUGACGAUGCCACUGCGAUCGAGAUCGAACUAGGUUCCGGCGACGAGGGCGACGAAGCAAGCACCUACCGGACGCAGAAUGACCCCUCACAGCCAUACCAGCGAAGCAACGUGAUUGAGCGCAAGGGCUCAGUGAGCAUCCACUGCGUGGCAGUCGACGUGGUCCACGGAACCCUGGAGCCGGAGGGCGAGCUCGCCACGCUGCUGGUCUUUGAUUUCCAGUUCGACCCCAACAAGCGCGCUCGCCGCAUCGUCGAGGCAAAAAUGAGCUUCGUCUUCGCCAGCACUGGCGGCGACCCAGCCCCUGCGGUACUAAAGAUAGCACCCCGGGGUCGCAUGACGGUCGUGCCGACGCCGCAGACCGAGAGCACGACGCGGGGCGCGAAGGCGGAGGCGGGGGGUGGGGCGCUGGGCAUUUCCCUGGGCGCGGGCCUGACGUGGGAGAAGAGCGUGAGCCGCGAGACCAGCGAUGCCACCACCGUGGUGGGCUCCAUCGAUCUGGUGGGCCGCAACUACGGGGCCUCGAACGGCGUCAGUUGGGCCCUGAUCGAGAACCGCAGCGUGGAGACGGGCGUGCCUGCACAUGUGCGGACGGCGGUCCUGCUGCAGCGGGCAGCCCCUGCGUCGUCGUCGUCGUCGUCGUCCGCGUUCCAGGCCAUCGUCACGAUCCGUGCCCAGGCAGAUCUGCGCAGCUCGGUGUCCUGGCUGUUUGGGAAGACGCCCAAGGACGACCCGAUCCUCUAUGACCCAUCGCUGCCGCCCACGCAUAAACUGCAGCACUAUGAAGUCGACCAGCUGGGCAAGGUCGAUCUCCAGGCCCUCAGCGCCAUUGCAUUCACCAACGACGGCGCCAGCGGGUGACGAAGAUGAGGGUGGGUCGGGCUGGGGCUGGGGUUGUGCUCGUGCUUGUGCUUGUGCUUGUGGUUGUGGUUGUGCUUGAAGUUGGAUUGAGGCUGGGGUUGAGCUUUGGGGGCGGAUCGAGCCGUGUUUAAUGGGGCUCGACAGAGCUACAACGUAUCUAGGGAAAAUAAUGUAGCGAGACAGGGGUGUUCCGCACUGGCACGGACCAGAAAGCAAACAAUACGAACUUUUAAUUGGCUUUUAGCCCUUGUCUGUGGCUCUCUCGCUACAUUAUUUUCCCUAGAUACGUUGUACUGUACUGUAGGAACGGGCGCUAGCACUAGCACUAGCACCAACGAUCACUAAGACGAC